AUGUACGGCGGAUACGGUGGAUAUGGUGGAUAUGGCGGUGGUAGUUCAGAAAUGAGAUCCGAUAUGUGGAUUCAACAAAAUAUUCCUGGUGGAUUAAACAGCAAUAUUGGCGAACGAUUAGAUAACUUUAUGGGUGGAAAUCCAAAUCCGACAUACGGUGAAAUAUAUGGUGGUGCACCAGGUGUUGGAGGUUAUGGUGGUGGAUAUGGAUAUUCAUAUGGAGGAUAUUAA